AGUUCCGAGACUAGGGCCAUGGAUCAAAACAACAGCUUGCCACCCUAUGCCCAGGGCUUAGCAUCCCCUCAGGGCGCAAUGACUCCUGGCAUCCCUAUCUUCAGCCCCAUGAUGCCGUAUGGCACAGGGCUCACCCCACAGCCUGUUCAGAGCACCAAUAGUUUAUCUAUACUGGAAGAGCAGCAGAGGCAGCAGCAGCAAGCGGCCGCACAGCAGUCUACGUCCCAGCCAACGCAGGGGGCCUCUGGUCAGACACCGCAGCUCUUCCACUCUCAGACGCUUACUACUGCACCCUUGCCAGGAACCACGCCUCUCUACCCCUCUCCAAUGACUCCCAUGACCCCAAUAACUCCUGCUACACCCGCUUCUGAAAGCUCGGGGAUCGUGCCACAGCUUCAGAAUAUUGUAUCUACAGUAAACCUUGGCUGCAAACUGGACCUGAAAACUAUUGCCCUUCGUGCUCGAAAUGCUGAAUACAAUCCCAAGCGUUUUGCUGCUGUGAUUAUGAGAAUAAGAGAGCCGCGUACCACUGCACUUAUAUUCAGCUCUGGGAAAAUGGUGUGUACAGGGGCUAAAAGUGAGGAGCAGUCAAGGUUGGCUGCGAGAAAGUAUGCCAGAGUUGUGCAGAAGUUGGGCUUUCCAGCCAAAUUCUUGGAUUUUAAGAUUCAGAAUAUGGUGGGCAGUUGUGAUGUAAAAUUCCCCAUCAGGCUUGAGGGAUUGGUACUUACGCAUCAACAAUUUAGCAGUUAUGAGCCAGAGCUUUUUCCUGGUUUAAUUUACAGAAUGAUCAAACCAAGAAUUGUCCUCCUUAUAUUUGUUUCUGGGAAAGUAGUUUUAACUGGUGCAAAAGUCAGAGCUGAAAUUUAUGAAGCAUUUGAAAAUAUAUAUCCAAUUUUAAAAGGAUUCAGAAAGACAACGUAACCGUUCCCAGUGCUUACCAAAGUUGGCACAUUUUAAAAGGUAUUGACUAUGGCACAGCAGUAAAAGGUAAAAAAGAUUUACAGACUGCAACAGUCCAGACUUGGAGUAUUUUCUCAGUUAGUGCCUAUUCCCCGAUCUUUAUGGGCAGGGAAGUUCUCUUUGUGUAUUAUGUCUGUAUUGAGUUUCUGUGAGUUGCUUUAUUGGACCUCUCUUUGGAGAAAGUUGAGUUUUAUUUAUACUUUAGUUUUUAAACCGUUUUAAUGUCUAAUCUUUUUUAUUUGGAAAUCUCAUGCUGGCAGGUUGGUUCA